AUGUAGUCUACUACAUUGGAGACCUCCUCCUAUCAGACUGAACUGUAAACAUUCAAAGGGAACACCGUGACUACUUGCACUUGUACCUGAGAGAGAGAGAAAAAAGAAAGAGAGGCAUGCAGGCAUAGAGUAGAGAUAGGAGAAUGGAAAAUCAGAAGGAAGUUCAAGCAGCCGAGGCUAAAAUCUGGAAUUUCGUCUAUGGCUUUGCCGACACUUUAGUCCUCCGAUGUGCCAUUGAGCUGGGUAUUGCAGACAUAAUCCAUAAGCAGGGAGAACCCUUGACGCUCUCUGAACUGGGGGCUCAAAUUCCUCUGAAGUCGGUCAACACCGACCACUUGCACAGGUUAAUGCGUUACUUGGUGCACAUGAAGCUCUUCACCAAGGAAACCCUAGAUGGCGAAGCUCGAUAUGGGCUGGCUCCACCGGCUAAGUUGCUUGUAAAAUGGUGGGAGGACAAGGGCUUGGCGUCAAUCAUAUUUGGGAUCACUGACAAGGAUUUCAUAGCACCCUGGCACCAUCUCAAGGAUAGCUUGGCCGGCGAUGGCGAGGAGACAACUUUUGAGAAGGUGUUAGGGAAGAGCAUAUCGACAUACAUGGCUGAUCAUCUGGAGAAGAGUAUGUUGUUCAAUGAAUCAAUGGUUCAUGAUACCAGGCUCUUCACAUCAGUCUUGAUUCAAGACUUCAAGGAUGUAUUCCAAGGAAUUAAGUCGUUGGUGGAUGUUGGUGGAGGCUCUGGAACUGACAUGGGAGCCAUUGCCAAGGCCUUUCCCCACCUAAAAUGUACAAUUUAUGGUCUACCUCAUGUCAUUGCCGACUCCCCUGAUUACCCUGAGGUCGACCGGAUUUCAGGCGACAUGUUCAAACACAUUCCCAGUGCCGAUGCCAUCUUAUUGAAGUGCAUCCUCCAUUACUGGGGUGAUGGUCAAUGCAUUGAAAUUCUAAAGAGAUGCAAAGAAUCAGUGCCUAGAGAGGGUGGAAUAGUUAUCAUCGCCGACGCAGUAGUAGAUUUGGAAUCUAAGCAUCCCUACUUAACAAAAACUUUACUAAGCACGGAUUUGGACAUGAUGCUCAACACUGGAGGAAAAGAGAGGACUGAGGCAGAAUGGAAGAAGCUUUUUAAUGCUGCAGGGUUCCCUGCAUAUAAGAUUACACAUGUAGCUGACGUUGAGUACUCUGUAAUUGAGGCCUAUCCUUAUUAGCCUCCCCCCUCCCCCGGUCCAGCAACUUGUCUUCUUCUUCUUCAGUACUAAUAAUAUUUAGCUUUUGUUUGGUUGCAUAUAUAUUAGUGUAUGGGAUGGGUUCAAGGCUCACGAUGACCAUUCCUUUUUCCACA